AAUUGACAUUUUGUCACACGUGAAAUUGUAUUCGGAUAGAUUUUUCAUAGUACUUACUGAAAAUCCUUUUUAAAAUUUAUUUUGCAAAAUGCCUAUUAAAUUAUUGCUAGCCCGUCAAGUAUUUGAUUCCACUGGUAUCCCGACAGUGGAGGUAGACUUGGUGAGCGAACUUGGACUAUUCCGUAUCGGAGUGCCAAACACUGACUCUAAAAAAAUCACGGAAGCAGUUCAGCUCCGUGAUUAUAAUCCUGCCGAGUAUCGAGGAAUGGGCGUCAAGACUGCAGUCAAAAAUAUAAAUACCAUUAUUGCUCCUGAACUCAUAAAGCAAAAUCUUGAAGUCAUACAUCAAAAGGAAAUCGAUGAUUUUAUGAUUGCUCUGGAUGGAACUGAAAACAAAUCACGAUUAGGUGCGAACGCCAUCAUGGCUGUAUCAUUGGUAGUGGCGAGAGCCGGGGCGGCCAAGAAAGGUAUUCCUAUUUACAGACACAUCUCGGAUAUGGCUGGCACAAACACCAUAAUACUUCCUGUACCACAUAUAACGAUUCUGACAGGCGGGAGCCUCUCUACGAAUGGACUACCAUUUCAAGAGUAUUGCGUGAUGCCUACCGGUGCGACUAAUUUUUCGGAUGCAAUGAGAAUGGGGACUGAUAUAUAUCACUACGUCAAGCAAGUUGUGAACGAAAAGUAUGGCAUUUUAGCUACGUAUGCGGCUGAUAACGGAGGCCUAUCCAUUCCUAUGGAAGCGCACCGUGAUGCUCUCGUCUUUCUCACCGACGUCAUAAAGCAGUGCGGUUAUAUGGGUAAAGUAGAAAUUUCCAUCAAUGCGGCAGCCAAUGACUUUUACAAGGAUGGGUCGUACGAUUUAGAGUUUAAAAAUCCUCAUUCCAACCCACAAGGGUAUAUGUCAUCGGACAAACUUACGGAGGUAUAUUUAGACAACAUAAAAGAGUUUCCCGUAUGCUCCUUUGAAGAUCCAUUUGAAUUGGACGACUGGGCCACUUGGUCCACUAUGACUAAUAGAACGCAAGCACAAGUUUGUGGAAACGAUUUGACCCAAACAAACUUAAGGAGAAUCGGAUUAGCAGUGGAGAAAAAAGCCUGCAACUCUAUAGCUUUGCGUCUGAACCAGGCGGGAACAUUGACGGAGGUCAUAGAAGCUUACAAACUAGCAAAAGCGAAUGGGAUAGGGUGUUGUGUGAUGGACCGCCUGGGCGAAACCGAAGAUUUGUUUCUAGCCGACUUGGUGGUCGGUCUAUCAUGCGGCCAGAUCAAGUGUGGGGGACCGACGCGCGGAGAGCGUAUCAGCAAAUACAACCAAGUAAUGAGGAUUGAGGAAGAACUGGGGGCAUUGGCUAAAUAUGCUGGCAAAAAUUUCAGAGGAUGA